CUGAGAUGUUAUUCGGCAGCGAGUUGAGCAGAAACAACGGAGACAUUCAAGAAAAUAUCAGAAAUAUGGCGACAAACUAUUCCGAUUCAAGUUCACUGACUGAUCAAACUUGUGUUUUCUGUUUGAUAGCUAACGAUCAAGACAAAGAAACGGAAGUUAUCAAAAAGAACAAGGAGCUGGUGUGUUUUAGAGACAUUGACCCUGCUGCUCCUCAUCAUUACCUGGUUGUACCCAUACAGCACAUAGAAAGCUGCUGCUCACUGCACACGGGACACCUCGGCCUCGUUGAGAGGAUGGCUGAAAUGGGGAAAGCUGUACUACAAGACCAAGGGAUCACUAAUAUGAAGGACAUACAACUGGGCUUCCACCAACCUCCCUACACUUCAGUCAAUCACCUCCACCUCCAUGUGCUCGCCCCCACCAGCCAAAUCUACAAGCACAUGAUGUAUAAAUUCAUUCCAGGGACAUACAGGUUUGUUAUGGUAAAAUAUCUUCAGUAAACAUCUAAAGGAUAAUGAGCGAGAGCAAUAUAAACUGUCAAGAACAAUAUCUGGAAACAAGGAAACGAGGAAGUAGAUUAAUCAAUUUGUUUUGAAAUGAAAGCCAUAGCAUUGAGAUGUCACAACAUUUGUAUACACUGGUUGUUGCAGGCUCUGUGUGUAUACAUGUUGAUUGACAAAGUGUGAAAUUAAUUAUAUAUAUUAUAUUAUUAAAGAAAGGUUUCUAUCUUGUACAGCAGCCUAAAUGCCACUGCAUCACGUUUUCUUAACUUUAAGGCCACCCUAGAUAUCACUGUUUUCUCUAUUGGUAAGGCACCCUAGAGGGCACUUUUGCUGCAGUCAACGUGCUUGGGCAAGAUACUGAACCCCAAAGUGCUCGGAUGGCAUGGCCAACUGUGUGUGAGUCCAUUUACCAUUAAUAACCAUGUACCGAGAAUCAGGUGAGGUUCCUGCGAAGAGCCCAAAGAAUAUUAAAUGACAAUACUGAACCUGAUCACAGCCUGUUCACUCUACUGCUGUCUGGCAAGUGAUACAGAAGUAUCUGCUGCCAUACCACCACGUGCCAUGUAUAAUAUAUACAGAGGAGCUUCUUUCCUGAGGCUUUGACUCAUCAACUCAUCCUUUGUACACCACUAUAAAAAAAUUGUUUUUGUGUUGUAUACAUAUUUAUUUGGUAGCAUAAAUGGACUACAACUUGCAUUUCAUUGUGUAUCCCUGUGUUGAAUGACAAUAAAUUAACUUUUAACCGUGAA